UGAGAUCUUAGCUGAAGUACAAGAGCAAUAAGGCAGAGUCUAUCAGUACUUUUGAGUGUGUCAAUACUUCAAGUUUAGUGCAAACAUUGUGAAAUGCAUUUAAAAUUCGAAAAAGUUCCAUCUGGAGAUUUGACGAAGAAAGCUGAGUACUUUGGAGUAUCGGAUUUUGCCAGAGUUCAUCACUCCCCUCGUCCUGAUCUCGCGAUCUCCAAAAAAUGGGGCCCCAGAUCAUUCUUCAUCCCUUCAAGGCAUGAAGAAAGUGUCGAGGAGAUUGAUAAUUUUGUUGUUCGACCGGAUGAUGUGUGGAUCGUGGGCUUUCCAAAGAGUGGAACAACAUGGACACAGGAGAUGGUUUGGCAGAUUUGCAAUGAUCUUGAUUUUGAGAAAGGAAAAUCAAUUGAACUGUACGAAAGAUCACCAUUCCUUGAGGCGGGUACAAUAUUAAAUAUGGAAAGCAACGCUCAAUCUAUGGCUAAGAUUGACGCAUUGUCUUCACCGCGAGUCAUUAAAUCACAUCUCCCAGCUCCUCUUUUGCCAAAAGGCAUUUGGACGGUUAAACCAAGGAUCAUCUACAUUGCCAGAAAUAUUAAGGAUACGGCCAUUUCCUUCUACCACUUGUACAGAAAUAUUUUUGGCUACAGAGGAACUUUCAAUGAUUACAUAGAGGCCUUUCUUGGAGAUGCUGUUCUUUUCACACCUCUUGAGGGUCAUAUAACUGACUACUGGAAUGUUAAAAAUGAGAGCAAUGUUCUCUUCCUAACUUACGAAGAAAUGAAGAAGGAUCUCAAGGAAGUCUUGAGGAAGACAUCGAAAUUUCUUGGAAAGACCUACAGCGAGGAUCAGAUUAAAGCUCUCGAAGAUCAUCUUUCAUUCAGCAAAAUGGCCAGCAACAAAUCAGUUAAUUUCGAAGGACACCUCAUUGAGCUUUCCACCGCAACACGUUCCGAUAGAGAUAUGGAAUUCAAAUUUAUGAGAAAGGGAAAAGUCGGUUCGUACAACGAAGAAAUGACUCCAGAAAUGAUUGAGCAGUUCGACACGCAAAUCCGGAAAAGGCAUUCAGAGUACAAGGCAGCUCCAGAAUUGCUUGAUAUCUUUCUAGGCAAAAGCUUAGUAAUUUAAUUGAUAAACUUAAAGCUUUUUCCAUUCGCAAAAUAAUGGAAGUUAAUGAUAAAUAUAUUUUUGGCAAAUUGAAAUUCAAUUUUACCAAAUAUUCAAUGAUUUAUGUAUGUAUUCAAUAUCAAUUUGUACUAAUUAUUUUUAUUUUUUAAAUAAAUUUGAAUGAAAUAAAAAAUAUUCCUCCAUAGUUUUGCGAAUGAUCCCGCUAUUAAUCUAAUUAACCAACCAUCAUUGGUGAGCACGUCACAAACGCCAUUCAUUAAAAUGAACUCAAAAUUGAAGUGAAAAUAAAUUUGGUGUAUAAUUCAAAUUAAUUAAAUAAACAAAUUGCAUAUUUAUACA